CUGGGAGUGUGGGCUGGGCUGCGCUGGCCCCAGCCGCCCGUGGGCAGAGUCGUCUCCGGCGGUGCGCACAGCAUUCAGGGAGACCCUCCGCCGGCGGGUGGAGGUGGACGGAGAGGGCAGGCCCUCGGAAGUGGCCUCUACAGUCAGCACCAGGGGCGGUUCCCUCCUCACCCGUGGUCACCUGGUCCAGCCUGUCGCCUGUAGGCCCGCAUGAGGAACACAAACAAGGAGCUGCAGGGCGCCACCAGCCGCUAUGCUCCCUGCGACUGGUAUUACCACCUUCCCGUGAAGCGGUCUGAGAAGCCCAUGGGCGCCCCCCCGGUUUCCCAGAUCCCCGGCCUCAGUGACUUGAGUGAGCCUCCCAACGGGCACCUGCCGGGGCCGCGCAGGUACUGGAUCAAGGAAACCGACUCGGAGUAUGUGAAGCUCGCGAAGCGAGGUGGCCGGCCCGAUCUGCUGAAGCACCUGGUGGCGGCCGGGACCAGGAAAGCCUCCCCGGUUGCAUACUCCCUGCCGGACUGGUACAUUCACCACAGCAAGCCGCCCACGGCCGAGCAGAGGCAGAUCCCUGCCAUCUCCAUGCCGGAUUACAUGGUGUAUGAAGAGUUUAACCCCGAUCAGAACAACGGUAACUAUGAGUCCAGAAGAGGGCCUUUCGACUUUGACGUGAAAACCGUCUGGCAGAGGGAGGCGGAGGAACGUGAGGAGAAAAAAAAGGUGCGGCUACCUGCCAUCAACUCCAAGUACCCGAGCAAAGUGGGGACCCCGCUUGGCCCCAAAGAGCCUGCAGGAAGCAGACUGUCCUUCCCUCCCAUGCCCGGGCAAAAAACCAGUUCACCCACCAACUUUUCCAAACUUAUCAGCAAUGGGUACAAAGAUGAGUGGUUGCAGCAACGAGCUGACUCGGACGGGAGGGCCCUGCGGACACCGGGAGCAGCCCCGCCGUCCACAUCUGCGCAAGACCCCGGAGGGCUCCAGGGUGCAGGCCCGAACCCAGACCCGGAGCUGCCCGAGGGCUCUGAGGACGCUCAAGAUUCUCCUUCUCCAAGGGCGACCACAUCUCCAUCGGCAUCCAUACCAGGAGAGCUCAAAUAAGCCCCUGCGAUCAUUUUCUGAUGGCUGAAAAAGAUGUGACUGCAUCACAACUAUACUUCUGAGGCUCCUGCUAUGUUUGACGAGCAUAGAUUCUUAUGAACUAAGUUACCUUCUAGCCGAUUGGGCGUCACUGUUGCAUAGAUGGUACCAAUGUUGGGUGUCGCUUCCUGUAUUUCUCUGGGAUGUGAAUCACGGGGCUUGGGGACGCUGCGUCUCACUGGCCUGGGGUGUCCCAGUGUCUUGGAACCAACCCCUUCCCCCCCCACCCCCAACCCAUCAUCAUCUGACCUCACCUGCUCCUGUGUGAGUCUCCAUUGGUGACAUUUCUAUUGAAGUCAACCUAUUUAGACCCUUAACUAGAAGAAACUCACAGUCUUUUCCAUUAUUUGGUCCUGUAAUACCUAUAGAGAUGAUAUUCUCUGUUUCAAAAAAACUUGAGAAUAUUGUGACAUAGUUUACACUAAGAAAAAAUUACUAUCAUUAUGCCUUAAAGUUGUAAACACCUGAUGUGAAAGCAUCAUAUCAUAUGCCAGUUUAAAAUGUUUGCUAAGCUUUUUUGCAUAGGCUGAAAUUCAUAUUACACAUUUAUUAUUUUGUAUCAUUUAAGUAAAACUAUGUCUCAUUUUAAUAUUUAA